AUUUUUCAUAGCAAUAAUUAAAUGAAAUGGAAAUUUUAUUCAUGUUUUACUCAUUAAGUAAUAUAUGGGAAUUUAUAAAUGAUUAUUUCCUCUUUGAAAACGAAUUAAAAAAGUCUGUUUGCAAUAUAUCAUUCCCAUCGCAUAUGCACUUAAAUAAAGUCACAGAAAAUAAAGGUUUUUGUGCUGAAUUUAAAUUAUUUACUUUUAUAAAAGUGUAUUAACAUUUUAAGUAAAAUUAUAAAUAAUUUAUUUUUAUUAAAGUACUAAUAAAAUAAAGAAAAAGAUGAUUUCAAAGCUGACGGGAGAUGAAGUAGUGAUAUCGGGAAUGUCUGGAAAAUUUCCGAACUGUGACAAUAUUGACGAAUUGCAAAAUAAUCUUUUAAAUAAAAUAGACUGUAUUACUAACAGCAAAGCCCGCUGGGACUACGAACACCCACAAGUGCCACCGCGAAUCGGUAUCAUGAACAAUGUUGACAAAUUUGAUAAUGCUUUUUUUGGAGUUCACGGAAAAUUAACAAAUUCUAUGGAUCCAAUGAUAAAAAUAAUGAUAGAAACAUCAUACGAAGCAAUUGUGGAUGCUGGAAUUAAUCCAAGAGAAUUAAGAGGGAGUAAAUCGGCAGUUUUUACCGCAAGCACUUUUUCAGAGUCGGAAAAAGCGUUUUUCUACGAAAAAAUUCAGGCAAAUGGUAUUGGUUUAUUAGGAGCUAGUAGGGCAAUGUUGUCAAAUCGAGUUUCGUUUUUUCUCGGUUUUACUGGACCAAGUAUUAACAUUGAUUCUAGUUGUUGUGGAGGUAUGUCUGCUUUAGAGCAGGGAAUAGCAGCACUUAGAGAAGGAAGGGCCGAAAGUGCAAUUAUUGGUGCCAGUAAUGUUAUUCUACACCCGAGCAUAUCCUUCCAGUUAUUCCAAUUAGGACUUUUAUCUCCCGAUGGGAUAACAAAAUCAUUUGACAAUAAAGCUAAUGGUUAUACACGUAGCGAAGGACUCGUUGUACUCUUUCUUCAAAAGGCACGAAACGCUAAAAGAAUUUACGCAGAAGUCAAAAGUGUAAGCAACAUUUUUGGAAAUGUCAACGAUAAUUAUUCAUUUUUCUUCCCAUCACACGAUUUCCAAUCGAAAAAUAUGAAAAUGACAUUAAAAGAAUCAGGUAUUAAGGGAAAGGAUAUUUCAUAUGUAGAAGCUGACGGUUCAGGUAUUAAAGACAUUGAUGCCGAAGAAGUGAAAGCAAUUGAUGAGGUUUACAAUGAGGGGAGAAAUUCGCCUCUUUUAAUUGGAUCCAUCAAAUCUAACAUUGGAUCCUGUUCGUCCGUAAAUCCACUUAAUGGAAUUAUUAAGGUUAUCACGGCAAUGGAAAAAAGAUACAUUCCGCCAAACUUAAAUUUUAAAGAACCGUCUGACAAAAUUCCUGCAUUUAAAGAAGGUCGCUGUAAAGUAGUAACAGAACUAACUCCUUGGACCGGAGACUACGCAGUCGUUAAUAGUUUAGGAUUAACUGGUGCCACAUCUAAUGUGGUAUUAAAAAAAUUUAAAAAAGAUAAAAAGAACGGAGGAAAACCAGACGAUAAGCUGUCGCGAUUAGUAAUAGUCUCUGGAUGUACAGAAGAUGCUGUUGACGUUCUAUUGAGCGAAUUGGAAAAACGACCUACGGAUGUAGAAAUGCUUCAGCUUCUGUACGAUGUAUUUGAAACUGAAAUACCAGCUCAUUUAUAUCGAGGUUACACAUUACUUCCUCCUGACGGAUUAGUAAAAGAUAAAAUACGAGGCAUUCAAUUUAAUUCCGGAUUCAAGAGGGAAAUUUGGUACAUGUUUUCUGGCAUGGGCUCGCAAUGGGUUGGAAUGGGAGAAGCUUUAUUGGAAAUAUCUGUAUUCGCGGAAGCUAUAAAAAAAUGCGAUCGUGUCUUAAAACCGAGAGGUAUCGAUAUUGUGCGCAUCAUUACAGAAAAAGAUCCACAAAUGUUUGACAACAUUAUCAACGCAUUUGUUGGAAUUGCUGCGAUUCAGAUUGGUUUGGUAGAUGUCUUAGACUCAGUGGGACUGAAACCAGAUUUCAUAAUUGGACAUUCAGUUGGAGAAUUAGGAUGUGCUUACGCUGAUGGAUGUUUUACAGCAGAACAGAUGGUUCUUGCUGCAUUAAGCAGAGGAUUGACAUCAGUAGAAACAGAAUUGCCAAGAGGUUCUAUGGCAGCAGUUGGUCUAGGCUAUGAAGAAAUCAAAAAUCUCUGUCCACCUGAUAUUGAUGUAGCAUGCCACAACAGUUCAAGCAGUUCCACUAUCAGUGGUCCUGAAAAAUCUAUGAAAGCCUUCGUAAAACAAUUACAAGAGAAGAACAUUUUUGCUAAAGAAGUAGCAUGCGGUAACAUUGCCUACCACAGUCGGUACAUUGCUCCAGCGGGUGAAAAAUUAAGAAAAUACCUUCAGGAGAUAGUUCCUAAUCCCAAACCUAGAAGUAAUCGAUGGGUGAGCAGUUCAGUUCCACGUGAUGAAUGGAAUUCAUCAAAAGCUCAUCUAUCAUCUGCAGAAUAUCACACAAACAACCUUUUAAAUUCUGUUCUGUUUGCUGAAACUGCAAAGUCUAUUUCACCGAAUGCAGUUGUUAUCGAAAUAGCCCCGCAGGGUCUUCUACAAGCGAUCGUCAAGAAAUCAUUACCAGAAAAUGUGCUCAAUGUUCCAUUAACUAAACGAGAUCAUCCAGAAAAUCAAUUAUUUCUUAUUGCGGCAUUAGGAAAAAUUUAUAACGCUGGCAGAAAUAUCAAAGUUUCGAAUCUGUAUCCUAAGGUAAAAUAUCCAGUAUCAGGAGGAACAGGAUCAAUUUCCUCAAUAAUUCGAUGGAACCAUUCAGCUAAUUGGUUCACUAACUUUUUCCAACAAUCAGAUGAAAUUAAGGCAGGAGAAAUAAAUUUCAUAAUUAACUUGAAAGAAGAUAGGUGGAAAUAUUUGGCACAUGCUAAAAUUGGUGACAAGGUAAUAAUUCCCUCUUCUCUGUACUUAACACUUGCAUGGGAAGUUCUAAAUUCCCUAAAAAAUAAAUCUGAAGAAUAUGUAAUAUACAAAACUAUCAAAGUUUAUAAGCACCUAGUAGAAAUUCCAAAAGAUCAAAAUAUCGAAAUAGUCACAAUGGUUCAAAAAGGUUCCGGUAACUUUGAAAUCACAAAUAAUGAAGAAUUACUUUGCUCUGGAAUUAUACAAACUACCAAUAAUCUCAAUCAGGAAUACAGUUUGGUUUCUAAAAAGACUGAUAAAGACGAUCAAGAUCUAAGUCAAAGUGAAAUUUACACAGAAUUGCAUAUGAGAGGUUUUGAAUAUUCAGGUCCGUUUAAAACUAUUCGAAAAUCAUCAGUCAAUGGUUGCAAUGGGGUUUUGGAAUGGCAAAACAAUUGGACAACAUUUUUAGAAGGAAUGAUUCAAAUGAAUAUUCUUGGAAAUGACACUAGAAAUGCACAAGUGCCAAUCACAAUAAGAAAAGUUAUUAUUAACUUAAAAUUACAAACAGAAGCGAGCAACAUGUCAAAAGAAAUUCCAGUCACAGUGUUUAGAGCACUAGAAACUGUAAUUGCGGGUGGUGUACAAAUGGAAGGAAUUGCACAUGAGUUGAUUCUACAUGAAACUCGGAAAAAUAAUGUUAUAACAGAGAAUCUUCAGAUUAGCUCCCACAUGGAUAUUGAUUUAAAAAGAAAUAUUCUCCUACCAGGUAAAAUUUCGAGAACAUACAUGCACACUCCAAUUGUCUCCAAUGUUUGUCUAGCGGAGAACUGGAUUGCUGCACAAAUGAACAGCUCUGAUUUGGAGUCAAUCAAGUGGGUUGAAGGAUUUGCUAAGAGAUCUGAAGACGCAAUUAAAGUCGAAUACUCUUCAGUUAAUCAAAGUGACAUUCUGUCAGCAAGUACAAAAACGUCAUCAGAAGACAUUAGAAAUAAUAGACUUGAAAUAAAAUCAUUUGGACAAGAAUAUUCUGGAAUUAAUGCACAAGGAAAAAGAGUAAUGGGAAUUGUUGAAAAUGCUGCACUUUCAAAUUACAUAGCAAGCAAUAUUGAUUUCACAUGGAAAUUACCAGAAAAUUGGUCAUUAGAAGAUGCUGCAACUGUACCUUUAGCAUAUGCUACUGCAUAUUUGGCAUUGAUAAAAGGGGAAUUAAAAAACAACGAAUCAAUUUUCAUCUACGAUGGCACUUGUUCCAUUGGACAAGCUGCCAUUAAUUUAGUAUCAAACGUCACAUCUCAAGUAUUCGCUGGAUAUACUACUAAUAACGACAAAAAAAAUCUAAAAGACAGCUUUUCAAAUAUUCCUGAAAAUCAUCUUAUUAGUACAUCAGGUACAUUUCCCGAUCAAAUCCUCGCAAAAACGAAUGGAAAUGGAGUGAAUGUUGUUAUAUAUAAUGGAGACGAUUCAAGUAAAAUAGAAACCUGUCUAAUGUGCGCUAAAAAUCAAGGAAAAAUCAUAAUUCUAGGAAAUUUACGACAAGCAUUCAGUAAAUCAGUGGGAAUGCAAAUAUUUUUAAGAGAAUUUGUUAUAUUCUCUAUAGUUACAAAGAAAAUAAUUAAUCUUGAUUUAGCAACGAAAAAGAAAUUAUCACAAUUAAUUGAGAACGGAUUAUUAAACCGAACUGUUAAACCGCUACCCAGAUGUGUCUACUCAAGGGAUCUGCUGAAGGAUGCAUUUAUUCACGGAGCUUCUAAAAAAGUUUUUGGAAAAAUCCUUGUUAAGAUACAGCCAGAAGAUGGAAGUAAUAGAGCUCCUUCAAUACAUCGUUUCUUGUGCAAAAGCGAAGCCUCCUACUUGAUAAUUGAAGGAUUAAGUGACUUUGGACUGGAACUAGUAGACUUCCUUGUGGUUAGAGGUGCUAAAAGUAUCGUCAUAGCUUCCGAAUCAAAAAAUACCAGAUCUUUUAGUAACCACCGGAUAAGUUUGUGGAGAAGUUACGGAGUUGUAGUUACAGUUCGAGAAGAACUGGAUCUUACACAUCGUGAGAAUGGAAAUGCUCUUCUUGAGGAAGUUGGUACAUUUGGCACAGUGGAUGCAAUUUUCGAUCUUCAGCGCCUUGACAAUUCAUCAAGAAGGUCUUCUAAUGCAAAAUAUUUGUUCACCAAACACCUCUUUGAAGAAUCUAGGCAAAUGUGUCCUAACCUACGCCACUUUAUUAUCUUUUCAACAAGCAAAGUUAUCGGAGAAACUGUUGAUGACCUUUUAUUACGUGAAGUGGAAUUGACAAAAAUUUGUCAACCAAACUCAAAAGGAGUAACAGGACUUUUGAUUCUCUUGGAACCCGUUUCUGGAAUUGCGAAAAAAACAACUGAAUACCAGAGAAGUGUACCACUUUUGUCUAUUUAUAGUAUUAUUAAACAAUUGGAUAUAGUAACUGGAUCAAAUACCUCUAUUGCAUCUGUUUAUCAUAAAUCAGAAGAUGAUACCGAAAAGGUACCAAAACAUUUCCACGACGUUAAAGAAACAGAGAAAUCAAAAUUUGUUAAAUAUAUUAAUUCAGCACAAUCUUUAACCACAUUUUCUAGGUUUCAAAUUACAGACGAAAAUUAAUGCUUAAAUUAAUAUAAUUUCUUUAAAGGAUUAGUUGAGGAAUAUAAAUAAUUGCUUAGUACAUACGACGUCUACUAAUAACCGUAAAGUAUUUUUUAUAAUUUUAUAAUUUUUUGUAAAGAAAAUAUUGAUUCUAUGAAAUAGAGCGAUAUUUACAAUCCAAAUUGAAUCCUCUUCCUGUAGUCAAUAUGCACUUUAGAAAUUCAAAUUUUCUGUUAUUAAAAAUGUUUCACUAACUAU